UCAUCCGGGGAAGUUCAACAUGGCAGCGCCCUGUGACAACAUGACCACAAUGUGAAGAGGGGAACAUUUCUGGUGUAGUGCACUGUUAAUAUGUGAAAACAAAGUAAAAAGUCGUGUGUGGAUAUUUUCUCUCUUGCACAACUAUUACACAUAGAUUCUGACACCUCGAGGCGAUCUGAUGGCACAACAUGCAAAAGUAUUCCGGCAUUCUUUUGACUUUGCCUUAAAAGAUGUGAAAAACUGGUUUCCAGGCCAUAUGGCAAAAGGACUUAAAGCACUUCAAGGAAGGGUGAAGGAUGCAGAUUGUAUUAUUGAAGUUCAUGAUGCAAGAAUACCCUUUUCUGGGAGGAACAAAGUGUUUGGACAAACACUUAUGAUAAGGCCUCAUAUUUUACUUCUGAACAAGAAGGACCUUGCGGACAUGUCAAUGCAAAGCCAAGUUGUAGCCAAGUUAAAAGAAGAGGGCAUGGCAAGAGUCUUGUUCACAAAUUGCAAGGAUCAGUAUGGUAGUGCUCUAACCAAAAAGCUUAUUCCAGCAAUCUUAGAUGUGGUUGAGGAGUACCCAAGAUACAACAGAAGUGAGGCAGAUGAGCUGAAGCUCCUUGUUAUAGGUGUACCUAAUGUUGGAAAGUCAUCCUUGAUAAACAGUUUAAGAAGAAUGCACAUAAAAGGAAAGAAAGGUAAAGCUACUUCUGUUGGAGGAGUUGCAGGCGUAACCAGAAGUUUAAUGGAGAAAAUAAAGCACCUCGAGGCAGAUCUGAUGGCAAAACAUGCAAAAGUAUUCCGGCAUUCUUUUGACUUUGCCUUAAAAGAUGUGAAAAAAUGGUUUCCAGGCCAUAUGGCAAAAGGACUUAAAGCACUUCAAGGAAGGGUGAAGGAUGCAGAUUGUAUUAUUGAAGUUCAUGAUGCAAGAAUACCCUUUUCUGGGAGGAACAAAGUGUUUGGACAAACACUUAUGAUAAGGCCUCAUAUUUUACUUCUGAACAAGAAGGACCUUGCGGACAUGUCAAUGCAAAGCCAAGUUGUAGCCAAGUUAAAAGAAGAGGGCAUGGCAAGAGUCUUGUUCACAAAUUGCAAGGAUCAGUAUGGUAGUGCUCUAACCAAAAAGCUUAUUCCAACAAUCUUAGAUGUGGUUGAGGAGUACCCAAGAUACAACAGAAGUGAGGCAGAUGAGCUGAAGCUCCUUGUUAUAGGUGUACCUAAUGUUGGAAAGUCAUCCUUGAUAAACAGUUUAAGAAGAAUGCACAUAAAAGGAAAGAAAGGUAAAGCUACUUCUGUUGGAGGAGUUGCAGGCGUAACCAGAAGUUUAAUGGAGAAAAUAAAGGUGUGUGAAGACCCUUUGAUCUACCUCUAUGACAGUCCAGGAAUCCUGCAACCAAAUAUCAAAGAUGUUGAAGUUGGAAUGAAACUGGCACUGUGUGCAACAGUUCAAGAUCAUUUAAUUGGUGAAGUCACCAUUGUAGACUACAUGUUAUUCUGGCUAAAUAAACAUGGAUAUUUCACGUAUGUGAAACAUUUUGAAUUAGAUGAGCCUGUGGAUGAUGUGAAGGAAUUUCUUGCCCAUAUUGCAAGAAAACACAAGAAAAUACUAAAACAGAAAUCGGUGGAAACAAAUCAGUACGUUUACAGGCUAGACUUUCAAAGUGCAGCAGUUAUAGCAUUAAAAGCAUUCAGACAAGGGAAGCUUGGCAAAUUCACCCUUGAUGAAGACAUAAUUCCAUGCUGAAAAUGCUGGAAUCGAGUUGUGCUGCUGGGUUGUCCACGUCCGUCUUCUACACGUGGAAGUGAAUUUUAAAGUGAAUGUAAAUAUUUGUUUUAAAAAAAAUUCAAGGGAUAACUUCACAUGCUACAGAAGAUACAGCUUUAUCAUGACUUUGGUGGAAUAUCAAACUAUAGUUUAACAUCUACUAUCAAAUGCAAGUCACCAUGAAAGUACAAGAAAUGCAUUAACUGCUCACUCUGCUUAAGCAAAGUGCAUAGAGUGUAAAAAGUAUUUUUAAUUGUUACUUAAGGGCAUUUUUUAUUUUAGAACUUUACACAGAUAGAUAAUAAAUACUCAUGUGUGACUAAUCAUGUCAGAAACAAAAGUUAUUACUUCUGCAGGUCCAUAUCCUUCAUUCAAUCACAUUAACUGAUUUCUGAAACUUGCAUCUCCAUAUCAGUGGCACCCAUGCACACUUAGAUCAAGAGUGCAGAGUUGCUCACCAACUGAUUGAUGAUGAUAGAGCCAUUUUCCUUCUUGUAAAGAAAACUUAUAAAUAAAUGCAGUCUAUGCAAGGUAAACACUAAAGAAAAGUUAAUAUCAUAUCUGCCGUUCACUAUUGGUAUCUUCUUAAUAAACUACAUGAAAAGUUGAGACAAGAACAUCAAUUAUGCUUGAUGAUUAUGGGCAAUGGUCCAUAUAAACUUCAGUUUUUUAGUUGAUUCAAGCAUAAGAAAAUGUUAAUUUUAAAUUUGCUAUCAUACGUUUUUGAAAUGAGUUAGAAAUAAACUGCACAGUUUGACAAGGUUUCUAAUUUUUUAUGUAGAAUUGGUGACCUGUUGCUGUGGCAAACAUAUUUGUAAUUCUGCUCAAUAUCUAUAAUAAAUGAUAUAUUUA